GGGGUAUAACAUAAUAAAAGGGUGAUAUAUGGAGAACUACGGGCCGCUAAUAACGUCAAGUCUGCCCAUGAACCUUCCAUUGACUUUUCCUUUUCACCUUCUACCUCCUUUCCCAAUUCACUGUCCUCCUCCAGCCUCCAUCACCUCACAAUUGGAAGUCGGUAGCUACGCAGGACCGUAGCACUUCACAAUGGGCAUCAUGAACUUUUCAAAAAAGCCCGCUGAGCCUUCACCACUGACAAACAACCCCCCCGAGUCCAGCGCCUCAGACACAGAGCCUCCAAAAGAUGACACGGAUUUCCAAGCCGUUCCUGCUGGCACUGAGGAAAAGGGCAAUAUCUUCGAUCAAGGCGGGAAGAAUUACAGAACUCUUGGACGAUGGGACACCGUCCUAAUCCUCUUCACGAACCAACUCGGUCUUGGAAUCUUAUCCCUCCCCUCAACGAUAAAAACCCUCGGAAUCGUGCCCGGCAUAAUCGCAAUCCUCGGCAUCGGCGCGCUAUCGUGGUACGCCGCAUACGAACUCCUCCAAUUCUACCGCAAACACCCCAAUGUCGUCAGUAUCGUCGAAAUGACCCGCAUCGUCGGCGGCGCGUGGUUUGAGUCCUUCGCUGGCUUCGUCAUGAUGAUUCAAGUCGUCUUCAUCGUUGCUUCAGCUACAGUUACGCUAUCAGUUGCGCUGAAUACGCUUAGUAGUCAUGCGACGUGUACUGUUAUCUGGAUUCUCGUGGCGUGUAUCGCGUGUUAUCUUUUGUCGAUACCGCGGACGAUGAAGUUUGUUUCAAAGGCGGGAAUUCCCAACGCUGUUAGUGUCGUGGCGGCUUGUUUGAUCGUUUUGAUCAGCUUGGCUGUUUCGGGACCUGCGACUGCGCCGGAAGGUUGGCAUAAGGAGAUCAAAGUUGUUGGAAACCCUACGUUUCGCGAUGGUCUUAAUGCAUGCUUGAGAGUUGUAUUCUCAUACGCUGGCACAUUCACAUUCCCCUCAUACAUGGCCGAAAUGCGAGAUCCCGCAAAAGACUUCCGCUUCGCCCUCGCAGUCCUCGAAAUCGUCAGCACCCUCUUCUACAUUGCCAUGGCCGUCGCCCUCUACUGUCUCGCCGGCGAUCUCACAACAUCCCCCGUCCUCUCCGCCGCUUCCUCCAUUCCCGCAAAGGUCGCCUACGGAAUCAUCCUCCCAGCCGUCGUAGCAACAGCCCUCUCAAUCGGCCACACGGGCUGCAAAUACGUCUACGUUACCGCGAUGCGACAAAUGCGCGCAACGCACCAAGUCACAGACAACAGCAUCAAGUCUUGGGUGACAUGGAUCUUGUCGGUCACAGGAUUUUGGGUUCUGAUCUUUGUCAUCUCGAACGUCAUUCCUAUCUUUGACUCGAUUUUGUCGAUUACGGCUGCUACGACGAUUCCGUGGUUUACUUAUGGAUUUGCGGCCAUUUUCUGGCUGCAUCUUAACAAGGGUCUUUAUUUCUCAACGUGGCAGAAAGGUUUGCUCACGGUAGGAAAUGUUGUCAUGAUAGCACUUACGCUGUUCAUGAAUGCGGGUGGACUAUGGGCGGCUAUCACUGAGCUGCUGGAUCUCUUUGCUCUCCACAAGGAUGGCAUUGGAGGAGUUUUCUCAUGUGGAGAUAACUCUAUCUUCUAAACGAAGUUCUAUAGAGCGUAAAUAUACUAUUGAUUGUUUGUCUUG